UUCACGGAGCGUCGUCUUGCCCGUCAUAUCGGCGUCUUUGCACGACGACUUCCCGUCUCGCGAUUUUUCGCAACGCAAAAGUUGGCCAUUCAAACACUCGGGGGGGUCCGUUCUUUUCGUUCCUCUUCAAUCUCGUUCGGGACUUGCAUCCAGACCGAUCGGCACGAUUUUUCGGAACGAAAGACCGUGAGAACCGCGGUGAGCGGUCGCGAUUUACCGUUGAUAGACCGUCCGCGCGUGUUGACUGACGUCCGGACGCGCGCCGCUUCGCUUCGCAUCGUGACGCGUCGCGGCACUCCAAUCGGUCGCGCGUCGCUGAAAACAUGUAAGACGAGACGAGGGAACGAAGUUGGAGAACUUUUCGUCCCUUUCGAGCAGCAGCAGCAGCAGCAGCAGCAGUAGCAUCGCGGGACGAGGACCGCGAGAAAGGAAGAGGUGCGAGUACCGCGGCGGGUGUUGGUCCGGUCCGCGCGCGCUCUGAGAUCGUUUGAUCCCGGCCACGCUUUCUCGAUCUGUCGUCAUUCCGUCGCGGAUCUCCGCGUACGUCGACAGUACGUCGAUAUUGUUCGCGUUCACGAGAAAGACAAUGCGAGACUCGGAUCAUCAUCGGCGACGCGUGUAAAGAAUGCGAGGCUGAGAAAGGAGCACGAACGCGCCACGUAUAAUCUCCUCUCCUUCGCGCUUCCACAAGUAGAUUUUGACUUCGGGAUUCGGCGGUUGGUUAAAGAGUCCACGGGAUCGCCGCACGCAACGCACGCUCGUCAUGUCAAUGAGCUAUCUGCUCGUGUCUUUGCUGAUCGUCGCGUGGCAAAGCGGCGCGCAAGCCAACUGGUGGUACUUGGGGCUGGAGCCGAGGCUAGCAUCCGGCACGAACCAAGGGAGCGGCGUCGAUCCGCAGACGCAGAUCGCCGGCGCGGGUGUGAUCGGCCCGGCGAGUGCUGAAAGGAACUGCAAGAACGCGCACCUGACCGCCAAGCAACAGACAAUAUGCUCCCGCUCGCCAUCCGUCCUGCAGGCAGUCAGCGCGGGUGCUAGGCUCGCUAUAGAGGAAUGUCAGCACCAGUUUAGAUCAGCGAGAUGGAACUGUUCCGUCAGCCCGGAAAAUCCCGAGAACGUGUUCGGCGGCGUCAUGUUAGUCAAUAGUCGAGAGGCCGCGUUCAUAUAUGCCAUAUCAGCAGCUGGAGUCGCUUACAGUGUCACGAGGGCUUGUUCCAGAGGCGAACUCACCGAUUGCUCCUGCGACAAUCGGGUGAGAACGCGACAUCCGAACAAAUGGCAGUGGGGCGGAUGCAGCGAGGAUAUACACUUUGGAGAAGAGUUUUCGCGAGAAUGGUCCGAUGGCGGGGAGGAACCGGUGAAGGAAGGCGUUCUGAACGGACCAAAAGGACUGGCUGGCCAGCUGAUGAGGAAACAUGAUAGCGAGGCUGGCAGACGCGCCGUUCGCUCUAGAAUGCAACGUAUAUGCAAAUGUCAUGGCAUGUCUGGUUCAUGUAGUUUGCGUGUAUGCUGGAGAAAGCUUCCGGCAUUCAGGAUGGCCGGAGUUGCUCUAGCAGCUUUACACGAGGGUGCCGCUCAAGUGAGAUUGACGCAACGUAGUGCAAGAAGACCGGCCAGGCUCAGACCGGCACGUCCCGAUCUUAAACGACCGAACAAGACGGAUCUAGUUUAUUUCGACGACAGCCCCGAUUAUUGCGAAAGAAAUCUUACACUUGGCAUUCCCGGUACGCGAGGAAGAGUAUGCAACCGGACGUCUCUUGGUCUCGACGGAUGCCGGCUGUUGUGCUGCGGCCGCGGCUACCAGACACGAGUGCGAGAUGUCACCGAGAAAUGCAAGUGUCGAUUCGUUUGGUGCUGUCACGUGCAGUGCGAUUUGUGCCGACACACGCGAGAGGAACACGUGUGUAACUAGACGUGCAUUUCGAGAUUCGACCUGUCUAUAGGAACGCGCCCACAUCGUUCUUUAAGUUCAAAUUAAUUAUUCGUUGCCACUUUGCGUCGUAUAUUCUCGUCAAUUAACGCCGCGAGAGGCUACACACGAUAAAUUACGUUGAUGCAAUUUCCACUUGACAGUCGUAGCAAGUUGUAAAUUUUGUUCUUCUGCAACAUUGAGUCAUACGAAUAAAAUGUAGCAAACACUCUUGUUCUUAGUCCAAGCGAAAGCUUCGAAAUAUAUAAGUAUAAUCUUUACAUUUAAUAAUAAAAUCAUUGUUUCUAUUGAUCAUCAAAUAUAUCAUCAUAUUGUGAAGCGAUCCAUGAUAAAUAAUAAUGAAUUGUAUAUUAUAAUUUGGUAUGUGAUAUGUGUUUUUACAUAGGUUUCGAUUCUAUAAAAGCAACCGUCUGCUCCGUUAUUAUUCAUACGAUAAAUCAAGAAUAAUCUGGAAUAAUUAGGAUAUGUUUCUAUCUGUGCUAUGGAGAUGUUCUAACUUCCAGCAAGAAUCUGAAUAUUACCGUCGUGUAGCUAAUAUAGCGAUAGUCUGCGAAGUUGCUGUUGCGUGACUUAUCAUUUGGUCUGACUGUCAGGUGCCACAUUACUUAGCGAAUAUUAAUGCAUUGAAAGCCAAUGUGUUAUCUUCAUUUACAUAUAAUCGCAUAAUUUUAUCUCGUCGUACCGCAAAAAGAGAGAUUUAUAUUCUGGGGACACAUUAACAUACCACGCAUACUCGCUUUGCAUCAUCAGACUUGUGUGAUCUGAUGAUUGGAGUAGGUAAUGAUGCGAACAGCAAUGCAGUCUUUAAUUUUUCUCUCUCUCUCUCUCUCUCUCUCUCUCUCUCUCUUUCUCUCUUUCUCUCUCCUGCGACUGUUAUAUAUAUUUAUUUAUUUUAUACAUCUCUUUUAUAUAUAUAUCUCUCUCGUAUAAUUAACGCGCAUUCUUUUUGGCGAGAAUCAAGUGAUAAAAAACUUCGUCAAGAAUUUAUCUAGAAUUUAUCUAGAUUUCUCUCCGUGAUAUAUUUACGCAUCUUGCAACGCUCGACAUCGCGUCUCGAUGUGCCAAUUUGCUAUUUCUGCAUGCGAUAGCAAGAGAAACAAAAUGGAAGAGAAUGAAUGCGAAAGAGAAAAUGAAGGUAAGAGCGAACGAGAACAUAAAGCGGAGCAAGACAUAGAAUAGCCCACGCGCGGCUAUUAUUUUUUUUUUCCCGCGUUCUCGCAUACUUGCGUACGAUGGGCGUACGAUUACGCGAGCGUCCUAUUUUAUAUCAAAAUAAGAAUCUUCACGGUGUGUGUAGGUAUCUCACAAUGUAUACCAAUGCUCUCUGGCUUGUAAAAUAUUCUCUUCGCUCAAAUACCGAAGCAGCCGCUAUGUCGGGCACGUAAGAACGAAAUCACGAGGAGACGAGACGAUCUCUCCGAGCGAGACGAAUGCGUUUCGAGUUUUGGCUCGCACGAAUCGGGAACAAUUCUGCCAAUGAAUGUAAAUAUCUCAUCGUUUUUCUAGAUUCUACAUCCGUAAUCAUCGUUGUAUAUACAUAAGCGUUUUUUAUUCGCUUCGUUUAAGGAAAUUAAUCGCAUUGCGUUCUCCACAGUUUUCCACACGAAAUACUUGAUCAAUCCGCGAUUUUAUCUCACUGUUUUAUAUUUUUAAUAUAUAUGACCGCUUUGUAGCAUGCCGCCGCUAAUUAAGUCGGCACUCUAGUCAUUUACGAAUUUCCCGACCCCAUAUCAGCCGCACUACGCUCACUAAGGAAUGCUAUUACGCGAGAUUUUGCAUUUUCUUCGGCCGAACGAGUCGUAGUAGCAUAACGCAUCGCGCAAUCAUUAUUUCAGAAGUUAUAGAUAUAUAUUAUUAUUUUAUAUAUAUAGGUAUUAAAUACUAUGCAAUGUCUUACGAACGGAAAUCUGCAGCUUCUCGAACAGUUCGCUGGGGGUUUCUGAAUUAUUGAAAAGGAUUAUUCGGAGCAGUACUUUUACACAUACAUUGGUGUAUUAUUCAGUUACGGAUAAAUGUUUAGGGAUAUACGAAUUAUAUGAAAUUGUUCUAGAAAUCUGACUAGUUAGUGGAUGACGCUUAUUUAACGAAUUUCGACGGUAAGGGAGAUCACAUUAUAAUGAAUAUUUAUAUCAUGUGAAUAUAAAUCAUUACUUAUUUUGUGAGGUUGCGUAUCUUAUUAUGGCUUAUUCGUGUAGGACACGGCCUUAAGCAA